UGAAAGCAGCAAUCUGAUUGGUUGCUGUGGGCAACUGGGCAACUUUUCUUCUGGACAGGUCCCCAGGAUAACAAUGUCUCUGCAGGUGUUAUUAGUCACAUUCACCAUCAUCUCUAUGGCCGGGCUGUCGGAUGCCCAGUGCACUUUCCCACCAAAUCAGAGGAGAGACUGCGGGUUCUCGGGCAUAAAUCAGCAGAUGUGUCUCAGUAAAGGGUGCUGCUAUGACUCAAGUAUCAGGGGAGUGAUCUGGUGUUUCCAUCCACUACCCCCAACUACAACUGAAACCAGAAGAACAACAUCUGUACCAUCACAAAACGGCACAACAACCACUUCACAUGAUUUUAAUAUUGGACUGGCAGAGGAGCCUGUGACCAGAGUACCCCCAGUCAACGCCACUCAGCAGACCACUCAGAAUACCACGCCACAGACCACUCAGAAUACCACGCCGCAGACCACUCAGAAUACCACGCCGCAGACCACUCAGAAUACCACGCUGCAGACCAAUCAGAAUACCACGCUGCAGACCAAUCAGAAUACCACGCUGCAGACCAAUCAGAAUACCACGAUGCGGAGCCCUCAGAAGACCACGCUGCGGACCGCUCAAAAGACCACGCUGAAGACCACUCAAAAGACCACCAACCUAUUUAGCAGCUGCGGGACUUUUUGUAGCUGGAGUCAUCUCAGUUAUAUCUGUCUUAUCUCUCUGUCUAUAUUGGCCUUUUCUGGUUACUAAGUGUGUUUAUGUUAUGUGGCGGCAUUAUUAAUAAGUGGCAUAGUACCCGCUGUUGCCAGGCCAGGGCAUCAAUGAUAUAUAUAUAUAUAUAUAUAUAUAUAUAUAUAUAUAUAUAUAUAUAUAUACACAUACAUAUAUAUCUGCUUCUCCAGACUGGUAAUCUGUUCAGGAGACUGGGAAAGUUGGGGUAGUACUGUAAACCCUGCACUGUGUACUGCCUGCCACCCAUCUAUCUCAGUCUGCUGAAGAGAAUAUCUGUCUGGUAAAGCUCUACAUAUACUGCAUGCCACCCAGCUUUUCUACUAUUCCUAAGCCCCAACAGUGAUAGGCUUCUUGUCCUCCCUGCACUCCAGUGCUGCCAUGCCCUCUUACUGACCCUGCACUGAUGUGUUCUUUGCAUCUGCCUGCUGGACAGUUAAAUCAUACUUUACCAUGAUAUUUUCUGGCGGUAGGAUGUUUAAAGGGGUUUUCUGGUGCUUAGACAUC